UGGCGGGUCUAUUGCGCUGCCCGACGUGUUAUUCCACACGGUGAGGGAGAAAAAGAUCCACAACGCACCGCUCCCGACAGACCGCCCCUUCACGGAGAUGGGCAUCGGCCACGGAGGUUACAUCAUCGUCAGGAAGAAGGGCCGAGGCAGCAGCGCCGCAGCAGAAGAAACAACGGAAAAGGAAGGACCCGACGCCUUGAACAUGACGCGAGCCCCCGCUCCUUGAUCGAUCGGGUGGCGCAUACCUUGCGUUUCGGUUUGCAUUUUGAGGGCGGCACCUGGCUUCCGACGGGCGGCAACAACUCGGACACCGAGGAGGAAGAGAAGGACAAGUUCUCCGGAGCAGCGACACGUUCAACGCACGCCAGUCGGCACACGCGGAACCCCGGGCGAUUCAUCUUUUGCUGCAACACCUCGAACGCCGGGGUGUUACCGUUCCAGGCGCAUCCAUCGCCCGCGAAGAAAGCGUCGACAGCGGCGCAAAUUUAA